AUGAAUAUAGCGAGAUUGCGAACUGCUUUUGAAUUAGUACGAUAUUCAGCAAAUACUUUAGAUAUUGAGCCAUUAACGGUUAUUGAAACAAAUUUGUAUAUUUUAAAAAAUGAUAUGCAAUUCAGGGAAAUGUAUUUAUGGGGAACAAUUUAUGGAUCCGUUAAAGACUAUCACAUAGCAUUUGGAUACCAAGAUGAUAUAGUAUCAGGACAAAUAUAUUUUUACACUCAUAACUUUUUAGAAUGGUUUGAGGUACCACGAGCAAGCAUGAAAGCUAAAGAAAUCACUCCAUAUUGCACCACACUUUUCCAAGGCGAUCCUGAACUAAUUAUAAAUCCUUUGAAGGGUAAUGAUAUUUAUUAUAACGAUUUGGAGACUGAGGAAACCAAAGAAGAUAAUAGUGAAGAAUUAAAAGAAGAAGAUCGUCUUGCAGCCACAAUACAUUUAAUAAAUGAAGAGGCAGCAAUUGUUCCAAGAGGUUCGAUGCAUAAAAAACAAACAGGCGAAGUUAUACCAAGUACAUCAUUUAGGGGAUUAACUAGUGCUUGCGGAGGCCAAUUAAAAUCUUAUCAACACUUCAGAAUUCCACAUAAAAAAUGGAACAAGAUUUUGUUGGAACGAAAAGAUUAUAACUAUGCAUUUGAUUUUCUUGAAACAAUUGAUAACGACAUUCCACAAAAUUUUGCCUGGAGUCAUAAAUAUCAAAAAGGUGGUGCUUUGACUAUUCUGAGACCAUUAUAUUGGCCAGGAAUGACUUUCUACCACAAUAUUAACACACCUCUGCAUGGAUUUUAUUAUUGUGGAAAUGGUAAAAAAAAUAUUGAUGUGUUAUUCAUGUUAGAAAAAAUGUAG